AUGCACCUCCAGUUUUACCUGGUCAACUCGUUGGACUUCGGCCGGCCCACUUCGUUCGUGAUGUGCUGGACCCGCGUCGUGAGCGCAUUCUUCGCUUCUGGUCUGAUGUCGACAUCGACCAGGUCGAGGAAAAUCAUAGCCAGCUGGUCGCCGCCUACAACAACGACCCCGUCCUGCGCCGCUCUCUUGACGAACACGACAAUAGCACCACUUUCGAUGACGCCCUGGGACGUCGCCCCUCGUCAAUGGCUGCGUCUGUGCGCGUUCUGCGGUGGACUAGCGACCAUCUACACUACCUCAGUCGAAUAUGACUUUUCGAUCCUCAAAUGGGAUGCUUCAAAGAUGCCAAUGAGCGCGAUAUUUUGCAGUAAAGAUUGUAAAGUCGGAGACUGUUAAUGAAAUAAUAGCGCAACC